AUGGCAAUGAUUGGCGCGAGUGAGCGACCGAAUGCGUCGCAGACGUUCAAGAAUGCGGUACGGACCAAAGUGAUGUAUGUCAACUGGCAGCAGCUCCUCACGGUAUCACGGUCGACUCGAGAUGACAGUGGUUUCCGCGACCGAAGAUUCCGAUAUGUUGAAUACUACGGCUACAAACCAGCCAAGGCCGAGCAGAAUGAUCCAGACGGCAAGUCACCGCGCCCAUGGCCGGGAGAAGAGCUCCUUCGAUCAAGACACGCGCUUGCCGAUUCCCGCGCCACGAAUAGAAUCUCGAAGGCAAGGCCACAGGCGAAUCUGCAUGAUUCCAAGGCAGAUUCACAGCGGAAUCGGCAAAAUUCUCCUGCUCAAAAGCAGUCCUCCGAUGCCUCCCCUGGCUCGCGGGCUCAGCCUGCACAGAACAGUUCCGCUGCCUCGGCCCAGCAGCAGCAGACUCCCACCGUCGCUGCAUCACAGCAGCAGAAUAACACAGUCGUGCCUGCUCCUCGCAAUGAGAACGGCACCACCAACGGCGCUGGCAACACACAGCCGGCAGCCGCUACCACUGCUACUACCCAGAGCAGUAACGACACUGAUCCCGAUGACAAUGGGGUCGUGUACGAAGACUAUGGGUUUUUCUAA